CUUUGUCUCAUUUUCAACAAGUUUUCCAUCAAAAAAGAAAAAGAAAAGAACAUUAUCUAAAAGUCUAGUUCUUUCUAAUUCUCUCAUCUCUGUGAUUGCCUUUGACAAUGGCAGAAGAGUUGAUAUUAUUGGAUGAAUGGCUUAGUAUGUUUGGUAUGAGAGCAAGGAUAGCAUUGGCUGAAAAAGGCAUAAAGUAUGAGUACAAGGAAGAAGAUCUUGAAAACAAGAGCCAAAUGCUUUUGAAAAUGAACCCAAUUCACAAGAAGAUUCCUGUUCUUAUCCAUAAGGGAAAACCAAUUUCUGAGUCCAUCAUUAUUGUUGAAUAUAUUGAUGAGGUUUGGAAGGAUAAGGUCCCAUUUCUACCCUCUGAUCCUUAUCAGAAAGCUCAAGCCAAGUUUUGGGCUGAUUUUGUCAACAAGAAGGUUGGUGAUGUUGGAGGAAGGAUAUGGGCUGGAAAGAGAGAUGAGAUUGAAUUGGCAAAGAAGGAGUUGAUUGAAGGCUUAAAGGAAUUAGAGAAUGUGCUUGGAGACAAACCUUAUUUUGGUGGUGACACAUUUGGGUUUGUUGACAUUGCUUUGAUCCCUUUCUAUAGUUGGUUUUAUACUUAUGAGAAAUUAUGCAACUUCAAAGUUGAGGAAGAGUGUGAAAAGCUGAUUGUUUGGGCAAAGAGAUGCAAGCAAAGAGAUAGUGUUUCCAAAUCUGUUGCGGAUGAGAAAGAAGUGUAUGAAUUUGUUGUUAACUAUAGGAUGAGAUUUGAGUUGGACUGAGAAGAGACUUUGAACUCUGAGAAAUUGAACUUGUUGGUCUUGUUUUCUUGAAAAUGUAAACUAAACAAUUUGGUUGUUCCUAUUAGUGCUUUGGUCCAAUAUAGUUAUACAAAUAAGUAAACUAUCAAA